AUGGGGAACAGCCGGUGUCCCGUGAAUCUCGAGCUGCGGUGGCAGGCGGAGGUCAGCAGCAGCAUCUACUCCACUCCCCUCGUCGCUGACAUUAACCGGGACGGCAAGAUGGAGGUGGUGGUGCCGUCCUUCGUGCAUUACCUCGAGGUGCUGGACGGCUAUGAUGGCGAUCGGCUACAUGGCUGGCCGGCCUUCUACCGCUCCAGCACGCACACAAGCCCUCUGCUGUACGACAUAGACAAGGACGGCGUGAGGGAGAUCAUCCUCGCGGACUACAACGGCGAGAUCCUCUCCUUCACGCCUGGUGGCGAGGAGCUGACUCGUUAUAAGAUGAGUGUGCCGCGGCUGCGCAUCCGCAAGGAGUGGUACGUGGGGCUGGACCCAGACCACGUGGACCAUGCACACCCCGACAUACAUGCUCCCAUUGACGACGCCAAGAACGCGUCCAGCCAGCUCCAGGGGGGCGACCUUCUGAACCUGCCCACGGCACACGCCGCUGACGCCCAUGCUGAGCGCGGCGCUGGUGGCUCUGACACCCACGCACCAGGAACACCAGGGCAGGCGCAGGGGCAGCAGGCACAGGGGCAGUAUAAGAUUCAGCCACUGCAGCAGCAGCCGCAGGAGGUGCAUCACGAGCACCACCCGGAGCAACAUCCCGACAAGCAUCCCGAGCAGCAGCACGCAGCAGGAGGGGGGGGGUUGCCUCAUGGGAGUGACCUGCAGCAACCAGGCAUCCCCCACGCAGCAGCAGACACCGCGUUUGGCACAGCCACUGCUGCUAGAACGCUCGCAGAACAGCAGCACCCUCAGGCGCAAGCGCAGGUGAAGGUAGAGGGCCCUCAGGAGGAGCCGGGCCUGCCCCCUCUUGUAACUGCCACGGGCGCUGCUGCUGGUGGUGCUGCUGGUGGUUCUGCAGGGGCGGGGGGACGAGGGGCGGCGUUGGCAGAUGUGGUGGAUUGUGGCAAGGACGAGCUGUGCAGCAAAGAGGCGCAUGCUGCAGCAGAGGCCAAGGCGGCCGCUGCUGCUGUCGCUGCUGCCAUGAGUGGGGGAAUCGCAGCAGCAGCAGGGGGACAGCAGGGGCAGCAGGGGCAGCAGCAGGCGGGGCAGGGGCAGCAGCAGGUGAAAGGUUCUGGGAAGGUCCAAGCAACGGAGGCGGAUUUACAGAAGAUCCAGUCAUGGGAGAAGUGGCACCAGGACGUGACGGCCAAGGGGGGAGGGGCGAUGGGGGAGAAGGAGCAGGCACUGUGGAAGCACUACCAGGACUGGAAGAGUAAGCUGCUGCUCCCGGGGGACAACUCGCCCCCUGCUGCUGCUGCUGCUGCUGCUGCUGGUGGUGGUGGUGGAGGGGUGCAUGGGGCGCGUAGGCGGCUGCUGCAGGUGCAUGAGGAGAAGGCGGGGGUGGGGGGUGCACGCAGGAGGCUGCUGCAGGUGCAUGGGGACCACCAUGCCGGCGACCACGAGGAUAACAAGUCAGGGGUGGGGGAAGCACGCAGGAGGCUGCGGCAGGUGCUCCGGGAUAGCCACGCUGGCAACCACGAGGAUGGCCCGACAGUAGAGCUAGACAUUGAGCUGGAUGAGGAGGGACUGGACUCGUGGGAUGCGUUCAAGGGCGAGGCAAUGAUGAUCACUUUGGGACUAUCUGGCAUCGUCAUUUCCCCUUUCCCUCCUCCCCUGUGUGCCUACCCCUGCUCUUUCUCUGGCCGUCUCUCCAACCAGGUCCCCACAGCAGAGCCCGACAGUGAGUUGGACGAGGAGGGAACGGAGUCAUGGGACGUGUUUAAGGAUGAUGAUGAUGAUGACUACCGGCAGGCAUUCCCCACAGCAGAGCCCGACAGUGAGUUGGACGAGGAGGGGGCGGACUCGUGGGACGUGUUUAAAGAUGAUGAUGAUUACAAGCAGUGGGAGGGCGACGGGGAUGACUGGGCGGGGAACAACGAGGGCGAGGGGGAGGCGGCGGGGGAGGGGGAGGAGCUAGGGGGAGAGGAGCACGAGGGUCACGGCGGGUGGGGGCAUCAUGGGGAGGAGGAGACACACAAGGAGGAGCACAUAAAGAAGGAAGAGGGGGAGGAUGAUGAGUGGGGGGGUCCGCGGGCGGAGAAGGAGGAUGGGGACGAGUAUCAGUAUGAUUAUGAUGAUUAUGUGAAUGAGAACAUGUGGGAGGACGAGGACUGGACCGAGGCGGAGCACGAGGCGGAUAAGGAGUUCAUCCUGGUUGACUCGCACAUCCUCUGCACGCCGGUGAUAGCGGAUAUUGACAAUGAUGGCCAUGAUGAGCUGGUGGUGGCGGCGUCUCACUUCUUUGACCGAGAGUACUACGAGGACCCGGCGCACAAGCACGAGUUGGAGGAGGGGGUGGACAUGAGCAAGUACAUUGGGGGGGCCAUUGUGGUGUUCGACCUGCACACACAGCAGGUCAAGUGGUCGCAGCACCUCGACCUCACCACCGACAGCACGCAGUUCCGCGCCUACAUCUACUCCGCUCCCACUGUCGUGGAUUUGGAUGGAGAUGGCUUCCUGGAGAUCAUUGUGGGCACGUCUGUGGGGUUCAUCUACUGCCUCGAUGCCUUUGGCAAGGUGAAGCCCGGCUUCCCUUUGCAGAUGGGGGAGGUGCAGGGGCAGGUGGUGGCAGCAGACGUGAACCACGACGGCAAGCUCGAGAUCAUUGCAGCCGACACCCGCGGCAACGUGGCUGCCUUCUCCUCGGAGGGCAAGGAGGUGUGGGAGAGGCACCUGGCGUCGCUGAUUGCGCAGGGGGCGAGCGUGGGCGACGUGAAUGGGGACGGGUUCACUGAGGUGGUCAUUGGGUCCUCGUCAGGGCACAUUUACGUGCUGGAUGGCCGGACAGGCAAGGACGUGGGAGGCUUUCCCUUCCGCACGCACGGGCGCAUCAUGGCGCCGAUUCUGCUGGUGGAUCUGCACAAGCACGCGGGCGGCAAGGGGCAGCACGCGGGGGCGUCGGCGGGGCUGCAUCUGGUGGUGGUGUCGUUUGAUGGGUUCCUGUACGCCGUGGAUGGACGGACCGGAUGCGCCGACACGUUCGACAUCGGGGAAACCUCGUACAGCAUGGUGUUGGCAGAGAACGUGGACGGAGGGGACGACCUGGACCUGGUGGUUUCCACCAUGAACGGUGCUGUGUACUGCUUCCAGACGUCCGUACAGUACCACCCUCUCAAGGCAUGGCCGUCCCAGAACCAGGGGCGCAACGUGUUCUUCCCGCGCUACGGCCACGAGGGCAUCUACAUGCUGCCGCACUCCCGCCAGUACCGUGACAUUGGGAAGGACUCCUUCCGCGUCAGCUUCGAGAUCGUGGAUGCGCGUAACCCGCUCGGGCACGGAGGGGCACACAUUGGGCCGUACAAGGUCAAGGUGUGGCUGUUCGACGAAGCAAAGCGCGAGCUGACCCACGAGGAGACCUUUCAGCAUGCGGGGGUGCACACGCUGGUGAUCCCCACUCCCAAGCGCCGCACGCACGCCACCUUCUUCAUCGAGAUGGAGGACGAGCGCCGCCUGCACUUCCAUGAUGAAUUCGCCCUCUCCUUCCACAUCCACUUCUACCGCCUCCUCAAGUGGAUCCUCGCCCUCCCGCUGCUCAUCAUGGCGGCGGCGCUCAUAGCUCGCUCGGCGCCGGAUUCGGGCCCGGACCUGCCCUCCUUCUCUCCUGCUAGCCGCCACCUGGCUUGA